UUAUCGAGACCUUAAUUAUAUAUAGAAAAUUCGUUAUAUCUCUUGCAGAGAAAGAUGACAAUGUUUCUUCUCCUUCUCUUAGCAAUCCCUAUAGUUUUCUUCGUCCUCCAAAAACUAAAGCAAAGUGGAGGAAGAUUUCAGCUUCCACCAGGGCCUCCAGGGCUCCCCUUCGUUGGAAACUUGCACCAGCUUGACAAAUCGGCUCUCUGUCGCCAUCUAUGGCAACUCUCCAAGAUAUAUGGCCCCCUCAUGUCUCUGCAACUCGGUUCUCGACCCAUUCUUGUGGUUUCCUCAGCAAAGAUGGCCAAACAGUUCCUGAAAACCCAUGACGCUCAGUUCGCCGGUCGGCCUUCUAUGGUUGGCCAACUGAAGCUGUCUUAUAAUGGUUUAGAUUUAGCUUUUGCACCUUUUGAUGACUACUGGAGAGAAAUGAGAAAGAUUUGCAAUCUUCACCUAUUCAGUGCCAAGAGAGUUCAGUCCUUUCGUUCCAUUCGAGAAGAUGAAGUUUCAAAAAUGAUCAAGAAGAUUAACAAGCUUGCCUCUGAUUCAAAACCCAUCAAUUUGAGUGAGAUACUGCUUUCUUUGACGAACACCAUUAUUUGUAGGAUUGCUAUUGGAAAAAGCUAUGAUGACGAGAGCUGUGAGAAAAGUAGGUUUCAUUAUGUUCUUGGCGAAAUCCAAGAGAUGUUAGGAGGCUUCUUCUUCUCAGACUAUUUACCAUGUAUGAGUUGGGUUGAUAAACUUACAGGACAAUCAAUUCGGCUUGAGAGAACUUUCAAGGCAUUAGAUGGAUUCUCGCAACAAGUCAUUGAUGAGCAUCUGAUAGAUAAAAAGAGUGGUAAGAUUGGAGGAGAGGAUAUUAUUGAUGUCUUACUUCAGUUAAAAGAUGAUGGCUCAUCCACAAUCAAGCUCUCAAUGGAUCACAUCAAAGCAGUUCUUAUGAGCGUUUUCUUCCAACUACCAAAAAAAUGGGUGGGGGCCGACGCGGGCAACAUAUCUGAUAAUAUAUAUGAUAUAUUUGCUGCCGGGACAGACACAAAUGCAGCCACGCUGGUUUGGAUAAUGACAGAGCUAGUAAAGAAUUCAGAAGCCAUGAAAAAAAUUCAAGACGAAGUAAGAAACAUCGACACAGAGAAAGAAAUUCUGUAUGAAACUGAUCUCCAACACCUUCCUUACCUUGAAGCAAUAGUGAAAGAAACAUGGAGAUUGCACCCUCCAGCUCCAUUGUUAGUUCCGCAUGAAACAAUUCAACAAUGCACCAUCGGUCCCUACACAAUUCAGCCAAAAACCAUAGUUUUCGUGAAUGCUUGGGCAAUUGGAAGAGAUCCAGAUUCUUGGGAGGACCCAGAAGAGUUUCUCCCGAGUAGAUUCAUCAACAGUUCUAUUGAUUUUAAAGGACAAAAUUUUGAAUUGAUUCCAUUUGGCGCUGGACGAAGAAUUUGCCCCGGAAUUCAUUUGGGAGUUGUUAUGGUGGAGCUUGCUCUAGCGAAUCUUGUUCGUUCCUUUAACUGGGAAAUCCCUUUUGGAUUGAAAAAGGAGGAUAUUGAUACAGAAGUUAGACCUGGAAUCACUAUGCACAAGAAAACUCCUUUAUGUCUCUUAGCCACCAAGUAUUAGAAGUCAUUUGUAUAUUAUGCAAAAAUACGUUCUAUAUGUAUAUAGUUAUCUAUAUAUAUGUGUGUGCGCGCGCGCGCGCGCGCAGUUUCAAGAUUAGUUGUGGUUCACGUGUGGCAAGGAAAAUUCAAAAAAAAGAAAGAAAAAGAAAGUUCAAUCACUUGUACGUAUGUGACAUUAACGUCAAAGCUCAGUGGUCCAUAA